AUGUCUACUAAAGAAACACUCGAGAUUAGUCCUAACGAGCCUGCAAGUGAUAAUGAAACACCACAACAAACUGAAGAUCAGUAUUCUGAUCGUAGUGUGAGCGACAAGUUGGAACAUGCUAAAACACUCCUUGGCGAAGUGGCUGUAAUUGGUGAAGUUGUCAAGCCUUAUGCACCUUUAAUCAGCUCGCUUACUGAUUCAAUCAGAAGAAUUUAUAAUUCAUAUGAUUACGCACAGUAUAAUAAAAGAAUUAGCAAUGCUCUGCUCGAUCGAGUUGAUUGCGUUGGAGCGCCUAUAAAAGCUUUGAAAAGACGUAAAGAUAAAAUAGAAACAAAUUUCCUUAAUCAAAAUUAUUAUAAUGCUUUGAUUCGUCUACUCGCUAUAUUGAAAAAAACUCAGCAAUUCAUCACUGAUGUGUCGUCUUUAUGGAGCCUACGUAAAUUUCCUACGACGAAAAGUAUCAAAGAAAGGUUUGAUCGUAUUUCAAAAGAAUUCGACGAUGUUAUUAUGGACUUAAAUCUUGAGGUGCCUCAAGACAGAGAGUUACAAAAGAAAAGAGAUGCUCAAGCUCUGCAAGCAGAUAUUGCAAUAUUAGAUGAGUUUCUUGAAAAAAUUGGUAAUCCAGUAACUACUUCAAAAAAGCAGAUUAGUCCUAUUUUUGAAGAAAUAAUAUUAAUUAAGUCUCAUAUAAAUGAAAAUAAUGGAAACAAUGAAAUUAAAAUAACACAAAUACCACCCGCUGAACUGAUUAAUAACACUCGUCCCAAAGCUAAUGAUCAAUACGGAAAUGUUCUGAAAAGGCUGUGGCAGGUUUCAGGAAAGUUUGUCGCUUGCAAACGAUUUGAUACACAACAAACUCAAAAAUUUCAGGAACAACUAAUGUUUUUAAAACUAGAGGUACUGCAUGUUGAAAAUCCAAAGGAUAAAACAAUUACCAAAUUAAAACCCAAAGAAUAUGGUAAUAACGAUGAGGUCAUUAAUAUUUUUGCUGAAGAUGAAACUCAAAUUGCCGAUGUAGAUGAGCCUAAAUUCAUAGAUCUUACUGAUGAACUUGUCCCAAGCAUUAAGCCAUUUCUUCGUUUAUCUGAAG